AUUAUCGGAAUGUUAGCGUUACGAAUCCUAUCUAUCGUGUUUCAUAACUGAAAUUUGAUGUGUCUGUAUAUAAUUAAAAGAGAUUCCAUUUGUUAAAUGUCCUGAUUACGCGGUGUCAUUAACUUUAUAAGAAACAUUAAAGAGAGAAAAUCGCAGGAUGUUAAAUUAGCUCUUUAAAAAUGGCUGCGUUUGAUAGCUUAACCUUCAGAAGGUUUUUGACAGUUUCCUGUCGGUCGUUUUGGCGCUCAAAAAAAAAGUAAUAAGUUUUAUUUCGCUCGUGUUUUGCGUGUCGGGCACUUUAAAUGAUACCAUGGACGACGAUUUCUUCAACAAUUUGUUAACCGCUGUUGAAGAAACAACCGCAAAACCAAAAGCAGUGUUAAAAGAUGAUCCAAAUUUUUUAAUACCGAAAAAGUUAGAUAAAGAAGAUGAAAGUUUGGUGCACACCGGACUCACAGACAGUUCAGACGAUGAAGACAAUCGUGAUUUUCAACUAGCAAAGUACAAUUCAUUCGGAAAGGCCGUGAAAUAUAAUUUAGCUACAGCACCCAAUACAUCGCCAUCAAGCACAUCUUCAUGUUCAUCUUCUUUGUCAUCAACCUCUUUUAACUGGAGUCAACAGAAAAAACACUCGCCAUUAGAUGGCAAACAACUGCAGGUCCCACAAGUACAAAAACCACCAACUGCUGAUGGAUAUACAGAUCCAAUUUUCGGAAUAAGAAUAAUUAAUCCUUUAGUACCAAUAGCAAUACUUCAAGACAGAAUGCAAGGAAGGCAAGCAAUUAAUUUAAACAGGAUGAGAUUGUUUGUUGAAUCAAUACCAGCAAAUGCUGACUGGGUGGUAUCUGGAGUGAUUGUGCACAAAACUGGAAGGACUUCUCAGAAAGGCAAUCCAUUCUCCAUUUGGACACUCAGUGAUAUGCAUGGUGAAUUAAAAACAUUUUCAUUGUUUUUGUUUGGCAGUGCUUACAAAGAUUUAUGGAAGUGUUCAAUUGGCACUGUUGUGGGUGUACUUAAUCCAUCUGUGUUUGAAAAGAAGCAGGGGUCUAAAGAUGAAGCAGUUUUGAGUGUGGAUAAUGUGCAAAAAGUAAUGAUAAUCGGCCAGUCAAAAGAUUUCGGGACUUGUCGAAGUACAAAAAAGGAUGGCACACCUUGCACAGCCUUUGUCAACCUGAACCGAUGCGAAUAUUGCGUUUAUCACGUCAAACAAGAGUAUCAAAAGUGUAGUAAACGAUCCGAACUUCAAUCAUCAUUUUCCGGACGCGGUUUAAACGCACUUCGCAACAAAGUUUUGGGUAAAAAUGAAGUUUUCUACGCUGGGAAGUCAUUUUCAGCGGUACCCGCAACACGAAGCAGAAAGCUGCAGGCUCGAGAUGAAGGAAGAAUGAAUUUGUUGUCAGGAAGGACUCAAAAAACAAAUACUAAUGCAAAGGUAGAUAAUUCAGCAGCUGCAAUGAACGCAGCAGCUAAGAAACGAGCGGCAAUGGUUCAACACGUGGAAGUUUCUGCGAGUAGAAGACAAAAGGAUUUAGAGUUAUUAAAAAAAUUAGGAGGUGGCGGUGGAGGUCAGAAAAAUGACGGGGUGUCCGUUGAUGUUGUUACCAAUAAAGAAAGUUUGGCUACUUCUUCAGAAGUCACACUAAAAGAAUCAAAAAGUACAGCAUUAAGUGUUAUUGCUAAGUUAAAAGCAAAGAAUGCUUCUGUGCCUUCUACAACUUCAGUUCCCACUCAAGAUGAUGUUGUAAAUGAUGGUAAUUUAAGUGAUAUUGAUUUUGGUUUGUCUGAUGAUGAGAUUGAUAAAGAUUCUAAAAAGGUUUCGCAGAAAACCGAUUUAAAAUCGCCCGAAGCUGUUGAAAAACCUAUCGAAAAAGUUUCCAUUCCGGCAAAACCACCAACCACUCAAAAAUCUGUGUUACCUACAAAAUCAAAGGCAUUGCUUGUGUCAAAUUUAGGCACAUCUGCACAAGUUCCAGUAUUAUCCGGAAUUGGAAACAAGUUAAUUGAUUUAUCCAGUCCAAUAACAAAGAAAAAUAUCAAUCGUGCCAAUCUGAACGCUCUCAAAUGGGUGCAACGCAACGGACCUAUCCAAAAAGAAAACCCAAAUCAAACCGCAUCGAAAAGCGGAAGGAAAAGAGUAAUGGAAGUUUUGGAGAAACAAGAUCCCAAACGCAGGAAAAUCCAAGAAAGUGAUCACUUUUCCCAACGAUUUAAACAAAUGAUGGCAGCCACUUCAAAACACACUGAUCUAUUAGAACAACACGACAAUGACGAAGCUGAGAAAUAUUUUAAUAAACUGGAGAUGAAAGAAAAAAUGGAGGAGAAAAUGAUUGGUACCUAUAAAGUGGAAUGCAAAGCAGUUAGGUGUUUGCAGUGCAAAUACACCAGUUUCUCAGCGGCAGAUCGAUGUAAAGAAGAACGCCAUCCAUUGAAAGUAUUUGAUGCAGUGAAGAGAUUUUUCAAAUGCGGAGAAUGCGGUAACCGCACAGUUAGUCUAAACGUGAUUCCAACUCAAAGCUGCAAGAAAUGCGGCAGUGGUAAAUGGGAGCGCACAGGGAUGAUGAAAGAGAAGAUAGUUGUACCUAAAUCAGAACUUUCAAUUCGCGGAGGAGAGCAAGAACAUAUUAAUUCAAAUAUUACAAACGCGAAUAUCAAUUUACUCGUUCCUGAAAAUUAAGUGAUUAAUAAUAGUUUAUGUACUGAUAUUUCUAUUUAACUAUUAUUAAUAUAUUCUGUCAAAUUGA